AUUUUCCUCAACCCCAAGCUGUUAGGGGUUUGCCUACUCUGUCAAGUUGAUGAGGGAACUGGGGAUAGAGGAUCAGGUGGGGAGGCUGAGCCCUGCCUACCCUAUGCCCAUCAUUUUUGUUCCCCUCCCCCCACCCUGCAGGCUCCUCCACUGUUGACUUGCUCAUCUACCAGACCCUGUGCUACACUCACGAUGAACUGAGAGAAGUAGAUGUGGGGGACUUUGUGCUCAAGCCCUGUGGACUGGAGGAGUUCUUACAGAACAAGCAUGCCUUGGGCAGCCAUGAGUAUAUCCAAUACUGCCGAAAGUUUGACAUCGACAUCCGACUACAGCUGAUGGAGCAGAGUGCUGUACGCAGUGACCUGGCCCGGACGGUGAAUGAUGAUCAGAGCCCCUCCACCUUAAACUACCUCAUCCAUCUACAAGAGAGGCCAGUCAAGCAGACCAUCAGCAGGCAGGCCCUGAGUCUUCUGUUUGACACUUACCACAAUGAGGUGGAUGCCUUCCAGCUGGCUGACGUGGACUUCCUGCUGAAGGCCGACAGGGUAGUCCAGUCUGUCAAGGCCAUCUGCAAUGCCCUUGCUGCAGUGGAAACCCCAGAGAUCACCAGCGCUCUCAACCAGCUGCCCCCCUGCCCCUCGCGCAUGCAGCCAAAAAUCCAGAAGGUAAAGGGCUCAAGCAUUAGGUGGGGAAGCAGAGCAUUCACAGGUAAUGCUGCUGGUUACUGGGUGAUUAGGUGUGCACUUACUAAAGUCUUCUCUCCGCUUCCAUCUUUUAUGUUAAGGUAGCUCAAACCCAAGAGUUCCUGGAGAAUGAGAGGCCAGUGUGGGCUAGGGCCUGCCUCCUGGACUGACUGUGUGAGCCUGGGCCAGAAAAACUUUAUUCACAGUCACCAAGGCAUUGCCUGACACUUUGCUUCUCUAUCAGGGUGCAAAACCAAACCAGGAGAAAAAUCUCCCAGAGCCAGGGACUUGGUGAUACCACAGUAGGGACUGUGGGCUCUGCAGAUGGGGCCAGCACCACAGGCCCUGUGAUCCCCGACUGAGGGGUGGGGGCUGGGCUCUAUCAUUAGAAUGGAUGUGAUGAUGAUUCUUAGGCCACCAGCUUACUCUGUCCAUCACAGGGGCUCUGGUACAAACCAUUACUCCACCUCCCCGGGGAAUCUCUGCUCCUCAUAUUUCAGCCCAGUUCAGCCAGAUGAGCACAGCUGUGAAAAACCCUUCCUCCAGCUGUGAUGGAAAAGGCUAUGCCUCUAUAGCUCGCGCCUCUUCUUUUUCCCCAACAGGAUCCUAGCGUCUUGGCUGUGAGGGAAAACCGAGAGAAGAUCGUGGAAGCCUGACAGCAGCCAUCUUGGACCUGGUGGAACUCUACUGCAACACGUUCAAUGCAGACUUCCAGACAUCAGUGCC